AUGCGGCACCACACCACCAGCUACCGCAGUUUUGCUCCGCUGCGCGCCACCUUUGGCGGGAAGGCAUUCGCCAUCGAUGUGGCGCCCCUCAGCGCUACGGCUGCUGAGCGCGACGGCGUUGUGCCGCUCCCGGACGGCCUGUUCGUGGUGAACGUCGUUGUGCGCAUGCCACCGCACAUCAUCGCCGUCAUUCCUGACGUUGUGGACGCCGCGCUGGAGCAGCAGACGCUGUCGACGUGGCUGCCACAGUUCGCCUCCGUCACCUUCACGCGGCAGGCCGACGACGCGUCGAGUGGCGAGCUUGUCUUUCAGGGCGCCAAUGCGAAGAUGCGGCACGUGCUGUCGUUCCUUUCCCUAUUCACGGUGGGCACACGGGCGAUCAGAGUGCGUGAGGCCCGCUCCACCGACAUCCGCGACAUGGCGAACUGGUUCGGAGUCGAGUCGGCGUACCGCUCCCUCUACGACGAGCUGUCGAAGCUGUUCAAACGGUACUCCGUCGACCACCGCCAUAUGACGCUCAUCGCCGACGCCGCCACGCACCGCGGCAUGUGGGAGAACUUCAACUUCACCGGUGUUAUUUCACAGAGUGCGAGCCCGCUCUUCCAGAUGACCUUCGCGUCGUCGAAGCGCUGGCUGCACACAGCGGUGAGCCGCGGGCUGAGCGACGAACUGCAGUCGAUUAGCUCCGCCAUCAUGGUGGGCGAGCGGCCGAAGGUGGGGACGGCGUGUGUGAAGGUGAUGCCGGACGCUGCGGUGCUGCGCGAUGUGCUGGAGCGCAACUUCGCGUCGUGA